UGCUCCAAAACUUUGUAGACUGAAGUUCAACCUCCAAUGGCAGGAUUACAUGUAGUGCAUAUCUGAAGGCUUCUAGAAAGGAAGAUAACUUUUUUUUAUGGCUAUGCAAGAUACAGCAACUAAAAGGUGCUCAAAUGGCUUUGACAGAAAUUUGCUGCUUCUCAUUCCAAAAAUGAGGAUUGCCAAGGAAGAACCAUCUCAUAGUGAUACACAGGUUAUAGACUUGAUAUCAGCAGUGAAGGAAUUGCAUGGGCUUAACUCUCAAGAUCUUUAUAGAUUAUUGAGGGAUGCUGAAAAUUUUACUAUUCACUACCUUACUGGAAAAGGAUUGUUGCUGAAGAUUGAUAUGGACAAGCUUGUGGGAUCUCUUCCAUUGCACCUUACUGCAGUGCUAAUCUCAUCUGAUAGAGAUGAAACUGCAUUCAGAUACCUGUUAUGUGGUAUUCGACUGUUGCAUUCCUUGUGUGAUUUAGCACCCCGACUUCCUAAACUUGAUCAGAUUUUUCUAGAUGACGUUAAAGUGUUGGAACAGCUGAUUGAUUUGGUUUUCUACAUGCUUAUAGUUCUAAGUGGAUACAGACAGGAAGACCAUUCUUUUAGUCCUAUGUACCUUUUGCAUUCAGCUCUUGUGGCAUGCAACUUACAUCUAUUAACAGGGUUUAUAUCAACACAGUGGCAAGAUAUUGUCCAUGUUUUGCUUGCACACCCAAAGGUUGACAUAUUUAUGGAUGCAGCCUUUGGAGCGGUUCGCAUGGUUGUUAGGUGUCUUGAGAUUACACUGGUUGCUUGCUAUAAAGAUUUUUCCAUGGAAUCAAAUCUUGCAGCUGAACAAGUAGUUUAUUAUCUCUGCCAGCAGUGUGAGGCUUCUCUGCAGUUUAUUCAGUCAUUGUGCCAGCAGAAAUUGUUCAAGGAGCGCCUGCUUAAGAAUAAGGAACUAUGUAGAAAGGGCAGUGUUCUUUUUCUAGCUCACUCUAUAUUGAAGUUAAACGUUCAACCAUCUUUUCCAACUAGGAUUGUGGCUGGAAUUUCAAGACUAAAAGCUAAAACACUAUCCAUUCUACUGAGUUUGUGCGAAGCAGAAAGCCUUUCUUAUCUUGAUGAAGUUUCCAGCUCAUCACAAGGUUUAGAUUUGGCUAAAUCUGUUGCAUUGGAGGUUUUUGACUUGUUGAAGACUGCUUUUGGAAGAGAUCCUGCCUAUACCACUACAACUGACAGAAGUUACCCAAUGGGGCUUUUACAGCUUAAUGCAAUGCGUCUAGCUGACAUCUUCUCUGAUGAUUCAAACUUUCGAUCUUACAUGACCAUUUGUUUUACUAGAGUUCUGACAGCAAUAAUAUCGCUCUCCCAUGGAGAUUUUUUAUCUUGUUGGUGUUCAUCUAAUCUCCCAGAAACAGAGGAGGAUGCAAAUCUUGAUUAUGAUAUAUUUGCAGCAAUUGGAUGGAUUUUGGAUAAUACUUUAUCACUCAAUCUACAGAAUGCAAGUGUUUUGGAAUUGCAUCUAAUACCCAAGAGCAUGCCUUGUGCUUCGUAUGCACAUCAUAGAACAUCACUAUUUGUCAAGGUCAUUGCAAAUCUUCAUUGUUUUGUUCCCAACAUAUGUGAAGAACAGGAGAGGAACCAUUUUGUUUUUAAGGUCCUGGAGUGCUUGCAAAUGGAUCUAUCAAAUUUGCUGCCUGGGUUUUCUUUUGCUUCUGAUGCUUCUAAAGCUGCCACUGUUAGCAAGAACCUCCGCUCAUUGUUAAGUCAUGCAGAAUCUUUGAUUCCAAACUUUUUAAAUGAGGAGGAUGUACAUCUUCUAAGGGCUUUUUUUGGCGAAUUAAUAUCACUAAUGACUUCUUCUGGCUUUGGAGAAAAUCAUGUUCAAGAGGCUCAGAGUACAGGGGGGUGCUCAUCGCCUUUACAAGUCAAAAACCUUGGUAAACUUGAUAAGAGUGGUAACUUGAAGGAGGGUAUGUCUGAGAAUUCUGCAUUUCCAGGCAUAGGCCAGCAUAAUACUGGAGCUGAAAACACAAAUGACGAGGACGACCUAAAUAGGCAAGCUCUUGGGGAAGAUAAAGGCGUAGCUCUUAAAACUGUGGUACGAGGAGCAAUUGAUAUGGACAAGGAUGCUCAGAAUGCAGAAACGAGUGGUUCAGAUUCAAGUUCUGCAAAAGGAAAGAAUGUUAUUGAUCAUUUGGACAAUGGCAAGCUCUCAAAAUCAAUGGAGCAUCUUCAAAAGGCUGUGGUUGAAGAAACACCAGAGGAUGAAAAGGUUGAAACUGUACAGCGGAGAAAACGAAAGCGAAAUAUAAUGAAUGAUAAACAGGUGAAAUUGAUUGAGAGGGCACUCUUAAAUGAGCCUGAUAUGCAGCGAAAUGCAGCCUCGCUUCAAUCAUGGGCUGAUAAAUUAAGUCUUCAUGGAUCUGAGGUUACGUCUUCUCAGCUUAAAAAUUGGUUGAACAAUCGAAAAGCUAGGCUAGCUCGCACAGCUAGGGAUGUUCGAGCAUCAGAUAUAGAUAAUCCAGUUCAAGAUAAGCAAAGAGGGCCAGCACUAGGGUCGUCUGACUCACCUGACAGUCCUGGUGAUGCAUCAAAUGCAAGAAAAGAUCUUAGUCUUACAAGAAUAGCUUCUGGCGAUAAUUCUAAGGCUUCACUGGCUGAAGUUGUUGAUACUGGUUCUCAAGAAUUUGUUGGUUGCAGUGUGGGUCAGUAUGUUGUACUAGUAGAUGUGCGAGGAGAUGAGAUCGGCAGAGCCAAGGUAGUUCAGGUGCACGGCAAGUGGCAUGGGAAGAGCUUGGAGGAAUUGAAGACCUAUGUGGUCGAUGUUUCUGAUCUUAAGGCUGAUAAAGGGCUGCACCUACCCUACCCAUCAGAAGCCACUGGCACUUCAUUUGCAGAAGCUGAAACAAAGUUAGGUGCCAUGAGAGUGUUAUGGGAUUCACGCAGGAUUCUUGUAUUGCAACCUGAAUAAGUUCAAUGAUAUUUCAAGUGUAGAUGAUCUCUGAUUGGGCGCAAGUGAGAGAACACAGCUGCCCAAAUGGUCAACGCUAUUUGCCUGGAAAUUUAGUUUAGGAGAACGUAGAGGACAGUUUAGGAGAACCCAAAGGUGAUUUAGCAAGGAAUUAUAAUUUAUUAUAUAAAAGAGCCUUUCGGCUGCAAAAAUGGUUAGUGUGUUGUACAGAAUAUGUAUAUCUAGCAACAUGACAACUGAUAAUCUGCGGAACAAUAGUAGGUCUUAUGAGAUUCAAAUUAAAUUUUCCAAAUCUUGAAUGUGUUGUAACUACAACAUAAGUAACAGUUUUAAGAUUGAUUUUAAACAACUGAUAGGAAACAAAUUAU